AUGCUUGCGAUCAGCACAUGUUCGUAUUGUGGAAGUUGUGAAUCGGAUGUGAAUAUGGUGCCAUUCAAAAAUUGUGAUACGUUCAAAGAAUUCCCCGAAUUUUGGGCUCAUUCACUCAGUGAAGAAUUUUACGAACGAGCUAGGAAUAUGACGAAUCCUUUGAUUUGUAUGAAACAUUUUGAACUUGAAUGUUUCAAAGAUGACUGGUCUUUGAAAGAUGAUAGUGUGCCGCUGAAAGUUGAUGAGGUGAGUGUUUUUUGAAGUUUCAAAGAUCCUGCUCAGAAAUACAACAUUUUAAUUUCAGGAAACAAAUCAAGUAUAUAAUAAUUAUUUCAACGAUCAUAUGUAUUGGAAACAAACUGCAACUCCAAAUUUCGGCCCGACGUCUAAUCUGAACUCUGUCCAAUUGAUUUGCCAUUUAUGCGGACAGAAAAUGUACAAAGUUUCAGUCAUAAAACAUGCUCAAUCUCACGAUAUGUCAUUUUUUGAAUGUUUUGACACAAAAUCCUGCGAACAUUCUCAAUCAACAACUUUCAACGUGAGUAUUUUUUUUUAAUGAAGAGAACAACUUUAUUAAAGAAGAAUUUUCAGAAAUCUAUGAAAUGUUCAAAUUGUCGUGUAAGUGAUGACAGAGAAGCAAAAAAUCGUAUAGUUUAUCUUGUGGGACGAUGUUUCCCAUUAUAUGAAUGUGUGAGUUUUUCUUGUUUAUUCUCAAACUAAUUUAAUUUGGAUUUUUCCAGGAUCUGAAAGUAGUUCUGAACAAGGAAGAUUACAAAGUGACGUUGACUACAAAACAACAAAGUAAAUAUUUGAAUGAUCGUGCAUUGGUAAGUAUUAAAAAUAGUGUUCAAAAUAAUCAUAUAAAUUUAUAGAGGUGGAAUUCAACGCCAGAAACUUAUGAAGAAGCACUGAUCGAAGCCGCCAAAAGAUUCCGAGAAAUGAGCGAAUAUGAAAAUCAAGCAAAACGAUCGAGAACCGAUUCACCAGGAUAUGAAUCGAAUUCAGACGAGGAACAGGAAAUUGAUCUGGAUUCAGAAGAUUUGCCUGAUGAGCCAAGUACUUCUGAAACUAAUGAGAGCAAAUUAUCAGUUUAUGUUAGGAAUAUGUUAUUAUCUUCUUAUACUUUUGAGGAAAAUGAGAAAUGUGAGUUUUUUAGAUUCCCGAGAAAAAAUUAAAUGUUAUUUUUUUGAAGAUUUUGAGCGAGAUGAGCAAAACAUCGAAUCCUUCAGUUGUGAUCUCUAUAAAAAUUUUGUAAGUUUUAAUUUUUUUUAGAAUUAAAAAAAAAUGCUUUUUUAUAGAGCGAAUAUCAAGAGACAACUCAAUUUCUCAAUGAUUUUUAUCUUGAAAACAACCAUCCAACAAUUGAGGAUAUUAUCAAGGUAUCUAGAACUCCAUUCAAUUUUCCCCCAAUUCACCUAUUUUUCGCAGAUAUCGAAUACAGUUGGUCGAAAAUAUUCAGCAGUUGUGAGAUAUUUGCAAAAACGUCGAAGAACAGAUCAAGUCUUAUGUUAUCCCGAUGAUAUUUGUAAUCGAAUUAUUAAUUUGAAACGGCGUGAACAAGCGAAAAUGCAGCAAAUAUCUGUGAUUGAAGGAUUGAAGAAAAUUGCCGGUGUGAGAGCGUUUCUGAAAACAUAUAAAAACGAAAUUGAAGGCACUGAAAUUAGUAGAGCAUAUGUGCAUUUGGUAAGGAAAAUUCUAAAUAAUUAGUGUAUAGUUGAACUUUUUGUUAGAUUAGUGAUAAAACAAAUACACAUCCACGAUUUGUUCGAAAUACUGUUCGAUUCAAUUUCGAUAUUCCGAUUUUGCCACCAAGUAUUGGAUUUAUGGAUCAUAGAAGAUAUUCGGAUCUUGGAAGAAAUACAAAAAUCACCAAAACCAUGUUGGUUCGAUUGAAUGAAGAAUAUAAAAAAUGUCCGAAUCUCAGCGCCGAAAAAAUUCGAGAGGUAUUCUUAAUUUUUGGGGUGAUUCAGGUCGAAAAAAAACUAAAAAAAAAACGUUUUUUUUUACAAAAAAAUUCGAUUCAGCAAAUGUCAAAAAACUAUAUUUUUUUACUAUUUCUCGACAUUUUUUGACAUUUUUUUCAUUGAAACAUUUUCGCUGCGAGAUAUCUCUCAUUUUUGUGUGGAAAAAAUAGAGUUUUUUGACAUUUGCUGAAUCGAAUUUUUUUGUAAAAAAAAUUUUUUUUUAGUUUUUUUUUCGACUUGAAUCACCCCAUUUGAAAAAUAUAAAAAUAAAUAAAAUAUUUUCAGCUUUGUUAUCAUUAUCAUUGCGAUGAUAGUUUGAUUAUUAAUUGGUUUGAACAUCGCAGAAAAGUUGGCGACAAUUUCAUAGAAUUUUGGGUAAGUUUUUUUCAAUUUUUAAACAAAAAACUGCUAAUUUUUCAGAAAAAACCGAAAUUUGCUCCUGUUAAUACAUUGAAAAUUGAUGAUUAA